AUGGAGUACAUCAAGCAAUUUCGUGAGCGUUAUGCAUACGACGACCCCUUAGCGGGCUUAAAGCCAUUUGUGGAUGCGACAAUCAAGCCUUACGUUCCUUCCACAUUUCAGGAUACGGAACUGGUUUCCAAUAACCUUCACACGAUAGUGUUCGGUGUCACUUUGUACUCGGUACUCUUUCAGUUGUCUAAGUUGUUACUUCUCUUUCCUAGUGUUUCUGUCCCUCUGAAAAACAGAAAGAAUCGCUUAGAUUUCUGCAUCAGAGUAGUGUCAUUCAUCCAGGCUGUGAUCAUAUGCGGCUUAGGCAUUCCUGUAUUUGGCAACAGCUAUCUUGCCGAGGAUCGUGUAUUUGCUACCACACCAUACUCAAAGUUCUACACUUCGAUGGCCCUGAGUUACUUCAUAUGGGACACGAUAUUUUCGACAAUUUACGUUAGGUUUUUCGGUUUAGGGUUCCUAGUCCACGGCAUCGUUUCCACGGCUGUUUUCUGCAUUGCAUGUGAAUACAAGUUCAUUCAGUACUAUUCUGCCACAUUCCUUUUGUUUGAAAUCUCUACACCAUUUUUGGAUAUAAGAUGGGUUGGAUUGAAGUAUGAUGUGUUGAGUGAAACGUUCAAGCUGGUGAACAACAUCAUUUUGAUCUUGAUUUUUUUCUUUAUCCGGAUCUGCUGGGGAUGGUACCAGGUUGCCAGAUUGGGAGUGGAUCUCUACGCUGCCAGAAACAAAGAAGGCUUCACUACAGUGGGAGCACUCAUCAUUUUAGGCUGUAAUAUGGUGUUGGAUCUUCUCAAUGUUUACUGGUUCACCAAGAUGAUGACUGUUGCUAUUGAAACCUUGAAAAAGAUGUUCGGUUUCAAGCAAAAUGACGAUAAGCUGAAGCUCAUGUAG